AUGGAUAUGUGCUGUGCUGAUUGCGUUUCACACCCUGAUUUGCGAGUAGCCGUGCUCCUCGCGUUUCAUACCGUGCUGGCUGCGAAGCACGACACUGCUUUCGCAUGCCGCCAUGAGCUGUGCUUCUCGCGUUCGACACCUAGCUUGUCGAAAUUGCUUCAGCCUGCCGCCGGGAGCAGUACCGUCCAGUUCGCAGACAGUGUCAGCUGCAGAGCCUACGAUUUCACGACUGUUCUUACAGGAAAACUCUACCAACUCCGUCGCCAUACUACUACUGCGCUUCUCGGGUAUCAAAGCGUGCGUCUUGCGUCGAUGGAUGAAACGGAGCUCGACCCAAUAUUCCACCUGCGAGCCUACCACCUCGAGCAGCCACAGCGUCGCCUUCGCAUUACCCUUCUCGUCAAACCCCACUACGCUUUGCAGUACCCAGAUGUCUCUUCCAGUCCGACAAACACGACGGGACUGCAGGGAUACUUUCAUAAGACUGGGCUCGACUUCAUCCUUGGCGCUAUUAGCAAGCCGGAUGGUACUCUCAUAUUCCAGCUCUACACCAAAGCUGAGCACACAUCCCUUCGCUCAAUGAAAGACGGCAAACUCCAGCGAGCCGAGUACGAGGCUUGCUUGGCAACUAAAACCCUAGCCGUCAAUAAUUCCAGGCAGUCUGCAAAAUCCUCUCUUACAACCUCAACGGCGCCACCAGUCAUUCCUCUAUCUACAACUCAGCUAUUCCUGAAUGGACUGGUCUACCUAGCAGCUGAAUAUUCAUAG